CCCUUCCUCUCUUCAUCUCCGUUGAUGGUAAAAUCCAGGCUGUUCAUCCCAAUUUUCUAUUGAAGGAUAACGCCUAGUACUCUGCCAGAGAUCACAUUUGCAUUUUUGGAGCCGGAGAAUGCAAUAUUUUGUUUCAGAAGUUGUUCAAUGAGUUGAGGUUUUGCUGGGAGUGUCACCUUUUGGGUUGAUUUCGGAGAUAACACAACUGUACUAUAAUGGGGAGCUUACACCGCAGUGGACCGGGUAAAAAAUCAAGUGAUGGUGCCAGACUUGUGAUCACUACUAUUUUGGGAGUUGUCUUUGGAUUUUUUGUUGGCAUGUCAUUUCCAUCUGUUUCUUUAACUAAGAUUAACUUACCUUCAAGCCUUAUAUCAUCUCUUGAUGUAGCCAUCACUGACAUACAUAAAACCACCACAAGUAAAAGCGUUGAAGAUCAUGGACCAAGCAAUGUUCCUAAGAUAUAUGUUCCAACAAAUCCUCGCGGUGCGGAAUUACUACCUCCAGGGAUUGUUGUGUCAGAAUCUGAUUUAUACCUGCGCAGAUUGUGGGGUGAACCGAGUGAGGAUCUCAAGAAAAAGCCAAAGUAUUUGGUAACAUUUACUGUUGGUCUUGACCAGAAAAACAACAUUGAUGCUUCGGUUAAAAAGUUUUCUGAGGAUUUUAUGAUUAUGCUUUUUCACUAUGAUGGCCGGGUCAGUGAAUGGGAUCAAUUUGAGUGGUCAAAGAAUGCGAUCCAUGUUAGUGUUAAGAAACAAACGAAAUGGUGGUAUGCAAAAAGGUUUCUGCAUCCUGAUAUUGUAGCAUCUUAUGAAUAUAUUUUCAUAUGGGACGAGGAUCUGGGAGUAGAGCACUUCAACGGAAACAAGUACAUCGAGUUAGUUAAGAAACAUGGUUUAGAGAUCUCGCAACCUGGUCUUGAGCCCAAUAAUGGACUGACAUGGCAGAUGACGAAGAGGAGAGGUGACAGAGAAGUUCACAAGGAUACAGAAGAGAAACCAGGCUGGUGUAGUGACCCCCAUCUGCCGCCUUGUGCAGCGUUUGUGGAAAUUAUGGCCCCCGUCUUUUCUCGGGAAGCUUGGCGUUGUGUGUGGCACUUGAUUCAGAAUGAUUUGGUGCAUGGAUGGGGAUUGGAUUUCGCUCUUAGACGAUGUGUAGAGCCUGCACAUGAAAAAAUUGGUGUGGUUGAUUCACAGUGGAUAAUUCAUCAAGUAAUACCUUCUCUUGGGAACCAGGGCCAGUCCGAGGACGGCAAAGCUCCUUGGGAAGGGGUUAGAGCAAGAUGCCGAAGAGAGUGGGCCGAGUUCCAAUCUCGCCUCAACGAUGCUGACAAGGCGUACCUUGAUCGCAAUGGAAAGGAGUAAUUUUAAUAUAUCAUCCGACUUUUCCCCUCGUUGUACAUGUUUGCUUUGGCCCUGAGGGGUUUCUUCAAAACUCCAAUUCAAUUUCUUCUUUGUUAGUUGAGCCUCUGCUCGAGGUUUUAAGUUUAUUUUCUGAGCUUUUUUUUUUUCCUUGUGUAUCUCACAUAUGUUAGUUAUAUACAAGAGAAAUUUUGCAUUUGUCAAAUGUCAUGGGUGUCUUAUUGCAGCAUUUUUAUGCUGUUUGU